CUGACAGCUUUCCCCCGUAGUCAGCCAGUGGAGACCAGUAGAACCCACCAGAGCACUCAUUCACAAGCCCAGCUCCACCGAUCAAGAGCGGCACCAACAUUCUUCCCACGACGUCAUCGCAUCCGCAACCCGUCGAUCGAUCGAUCCAGCCAUCUCAUCAAUUCCCACCCAACACCACAGUUUCCAAUUCUCUUCCUCUUUUACCUCACACACACACACAAAUACACAAAAUGUCACCAUCAAUGAUAUACACCCCUCAACCAACCCCCUACCUCUUCGGAGGUCCCCACCCCUGGUCCUCCACAAACUGGACCUCAACCGACGACCGCGUCCGCGGCGGCGCCUCCCACUCCUCCCUGCACAUCAACCCCGCCCCCAACACAGCAACCUUCCACGGCACCCUGGACAUAACCACCCUCGGCGGGGCCGGCUUCGCCUCUCAACGCACCACCACCACAACCACAACCUGGGAUCUAACCCCCUACACGGGCCUCGAACUCUCCAUCCCGCACAGCGACGAGAAAACCUACACCCUGACACUCAAAGACGAACUUUUGGAGAAACGGCCAGAUGGUCGGGAACGAAGCGGAUUAGUCUGGGAGGUGGAUUUCCGGGUGAAGGAUUAUGAGGGAGGGGUUGUUAGGGUUGCGUGGGAGGAUUUUAAACCGACGUAUCGCGGGAGGGAGGUCGAGGGGGCGAGGAAGUUGGAUUUGAGUGGGGUGAGGAGGGUGGGGAUUAUGGUUCGGAGUUUCUUUGGGGAGCAGGAGGGGGCGUUUGAGUUGGAGGUGCAGUGGAUUAAGGGGAUUCAGGCGUCAGUUCGAAGGCAAGGGGGAGGGGAAGGGAGGUAUAGAGAUGAUCCGGAUGCGAGUGAGGGUUAUGAGGGUGAGGAGUGGAAUGAAAAGGGGUGGGGUGGUGGAGAGGGACGUCGUGGGUUGGGAUGGUGGUCUUGUUGUGGGAUGUUUUAGAUAGGUGAAUUGGUUUAGAAAAGUAUAUAGACUGUUACUUGUUACAUUAGACUCAUCCCAUGAAAAGCAACAUAACACUUUCU